AGGCGCGGGGCCCUUGCACAGCUUGAGCACAUACUCGUCAUUCGCAGUAGAAAAAGUGACCUCGAGAGCCCAUAAGUUACCAGGUGUGCGUCGAAAGCGCGACGAGGCCAGUGUUAGUCAGUCCGCGUCUCGUUCUGCUAUACACCUCUCCUUGUCCCAGAGACCCGGCCUAGCGAAAUAUGGCACACUGUGCGCGACGUUCGCUCGCUAUGCUUGAAAACUCGUCUGAUUCCAGGCCGUCGACGUCAUCGCAUCACGACGUCCACCGCUCUCUGAACGACCUGUGCAUCCGGCAUUCCAAGUCGGACCCUGUGCUGAUGACGCUCUCGCACAACUCACCACUGGCACGAUGCUCGGACCAGGACAGUUGUUGGGACAGUAUUGAGGAUUUGGCGCAGCAGCAACUGCUGGUACAAGGGGCCGAUGCAGUCACUCUGGAAGGCCUCAAGAACCACUACAACUCCUGCUUUACAUGUGGGGUAAGCUGGUAUGAGGACCAUGCUUCUCUGGACUGUGCCGAGUGCGGCGGAUAUGCCUUGCGUCGUCCCUGUCUUCACUGCAAUGGCAGCUGUGAUGAAGUCUGGAGCAGAGACUUGGAUGCUUCCCACAAGCAAAGGCGUGCCCAGUGGCUGGGAGAAUGCAAGAAAGCCCCCCAGGACACUGCUCCGAAGAGCCAGCAAGACUCUUGAGGAAUGUCCUUCCUAGGAGAGCUCCCAGGCAGCAGCACUUCUAUCAACUGUACAUAGGACAAAUCCCUGGUUGAUCCCAUUGCGUCGCAUGUUUUCUCCCACUGCCUCACAUCGAGCCUGGACUUCACUCCACCAAAAGGCUUGAAGAUUCCACAGCAUGCAUGCCUCGUCAUCACACAGUCUCCCGAGAUGUCUUGGCAGCACCUGUGUGAGCAUUUAGUGGCCAUGGACCUGGACUCUGUGUUGUGGUGUUGAACAACCUGAACUUGAACGCAUCAUGCACUGAUGGCUGUGGGAAUCUGUAUCUGAGUUCUAUCCAUAGCAUCAUGAUGCGGGCAAAUGACUGAUCCAUGCUGCAGUCACAGAUCCAAUGAAAAGGGAAGGGUGCUUGUGGCACCUGUAACAUUCCAUGUCUGCGCUAAGUCAGUGGCUCCCCCUGCAGUGGUUUGGGGAAAAUGGGCCAGUGGGUCAACGAGGGAUAUAUUCUGUACAUAUGUGGUGCUCGUUCAGUGUUUCGCACAUUUUUGUCCAUCUGCAUUGUCUUCCCUUGUUUUUAAGGUUCAUUUGAAAACGGGAAAAUGUGGCCUGUGGUAGUUUCUCGGGGUGCUAGAACAGAUCGCACACAAGUAAGCUGCUUUUUCCUUUAAAUGAUGACAAAAGCAUGGUAAGCAUCAUCUGCGGCUCAGUAAUGACCCUAGAAAAAAAACUUGAACCCUUGAUGUAUGUGUCCAUGCCGGCUUUCUACCUGUGCUGCAGGGGCAACUUGCUGUCGCUUUACAGAAACAAUUGCCAUGUGCUCAUUAUGAAGCUGAUAAAUGGGCCACAAUGAUUUUCCAGUGGUGGUUACAUUACCAGCUUAAGACCAAAGGCAGUACAUUAAUUUUCUUUUCCUUUUGUGCAUACAAGGCUGUUCUUGAGGCAAACUUGACAAAAUGGCAAAGUGCCACUUUGGUCCUGUAACACAGUGGUAGAUGUUGAGUUACUGCAAAACCAUAUUGUGUCUAGUGUGUGUAGUUUUUGUCAUUGUCCAUUGUAUUUUGUGGUAAAGAGUCGCCACUGCAUGGAACAAAAAUGUCCACCUGUACAUUGGUGAGCCUGUAGAGGUGGUGACCUUAGUUGCAGCUGUCAGCAGUGGCGGCUGCUCAAAAAACAGCAGAUAUGUCAAGCAAUCCCCUUUUCACAAGCUAGCAUUGUAAGCUUAUAGUUAACUUAUUGUUGCAACAUUGGAAACCAGUAUGGUAAAAAAGAUUUUCACAUUUGCAUUCUGGAUUUAACUACAUUUACCAAAACUGGCCUGAAUUGGUAAUUGGUGCUGCCAUGCAUCAGCUACUCUGUACUCUUGAACCAUGCAAAUAAUAAGUCUGACAAUCUGCAGAUUGAUACGGACUAGCUGCUGCUGACAGCUGACUAACCAUUGCUUCACAACUCUCUGGUCUGCAUCUCACUCUGCUGUACACUGAGAAAGCAGUGAAAUAUUGAUUUUAAGUCAUUUGCUUGUACACCAAAGCUGUUGUCGCUACGUGUGCUAUUCCGCCUGCCUUUAAAAUUUUUUUACACAAGAGUAACUCAAUAUUGCCUGCUUUUUAACUAUGUGCCAAAAAUGUCUGCAAUCUGUGCCCUUGCCUGUAAAGUUCUUUCUUGCACUGUCAACUGAUUCUUUUUCCACAGACAAUUUGGUUCUGAUAUCAGAAAAAUCUUGCUGUUGACCUAACCAGGCAAGCGAGAUGGACAAGGUCAUAGUCUUGUUUGGUGCUGAAACAUGUUUCAGGAUCUGAGUGCCUUGGCUAGUAGACAUGGAAGCAAUCUACAGAGUGUGUAUUUUUGUAAGCAGAGAAGAUUGAUGCCAAAAGCAAACAGGCAGAUGGUGCUAUGGUUGCCAAUAGGGAGAAUCAAAAUGCACAUUCACAAAAUGGGCUGAUAAGGGACUGAAGGCAAAACCACACUGUGCUGCAUAUGGUAAAUUGAAAUUGCACAAACUCGAGUGUCUUGGGUUUAUCGCAAAACAAUGCCAGUCAGUAUCCGUGGUGCAUAUUUAAUUAGAUUGGGCUGGCUAUCUAACGAACAGCUGAAUUCAAGCACUGCUUGCCCACACAGCAUGUGGCAAGCAUAUUUAAUACCAAACAAAACUUCUCUAGCUAAAAUUUGAAAUAAAUGUAGCCUAGUCUACAGGGAGUGCUAAUAUGAAAAGGGACAGCUAAUUAAUAUUCAAAAUGCAGAAAUAAAAGUUGAAACAUGGCUUGCCUCUUGUUCAAGAAGCUGCCAUGUAAUGUUACAUUUCACUGCACAAGUAAAGCAAAGGUAGGCCUAAACCCAAAUUGUUCAUUCCCAUUCAUACAUAGGGAAAAACAGGAAAUCUGCAUCUUCAUGAACUCGCACAUGCAACUGCACAUGUUUUAUGAACUCUUCUAUGCCUUCAGCUUUCAAUGAUGAGCCUACAUCAAAACUUCCAGCGCAGCAAACACCAGUGCCGGCCUUGCACACAGAUGGAGUCAUUGUGCAUGUCUUAUUUAUUGAAACAUGUCUCGAGGAAUGUGUGUUUUCGAAAACACCCAUGGUUUGCAAUAAAGACUCUGUCACUUCA